CGUUGUGGGAUCAGAUAUAUUUUAAAACAAUUAUUUUUAAUUUGCAAUUCUGUCACAUGAGAAUAACACUGCAUUUGAACUAAUUAAAGAGGUUUUCAUAAUGACAUAAAACAUAUUAAGUUUCAGCACUAAAAUAGUUGCUGAAGAGUUUGAUCAUUUCUAUGCAGUGGUUAUAUUUUAUUUCUACUCAAGGUGUCAGUAUAGACCAGAUAAGCGUGUAACAUUGACCGUGCUUGUCUUACAUCCUCCAUUACUGGGAUUGGUCGGUGUGUGUUCUGUGCUAUUUAAGACUGGUGGUCACAGCGGAGAGAAAAUCAUAGAUUUGUGAGUAAAUUAUUUUACGGGUAAAAACGUAGUUUUGUCGCUUGUGGCAUUAAGCUGCGCAACGAUGGCAUUUAGUCUGCGAAUCGCAUUAAUCUGCGGACUCUUUGUUUUCUUUGUGCUGCACUGCGCUCACGGAGACCUGACCUAUUCAGUCGAAGAGGAGCUGAAACACGGAUCUGUCAUUGGAAAUAUCGCAAAGGAUUUGGGACUGGAUUUCGGGAGACUGGCUGCGCGUAAAGCGCGUGUCGAAAUGGAAGGAACUGAUAAACAGUAUAUAACAAUCAACCAGAAAAAUGGGGAUGUGGUCGUUGUAGGGAGGAUAGACAGAGAGGAGCUUUGCGGGGAGAAGCCGACAUGUGUUCUCAAAUUCGAUCUGCUUUUAGAAAAUCCUCUGGAAUUACAACGACUGUCUCUCCAGGUGCAGGAUAUAAACGAUAAUUCACCCGUUUUCCAAAAGGAUGUAAUGAAGCUGGAAAUCAGAGAAUCCGCUGUUAAAGGAGCGAGGUACCGUGUGACUGCUGCUCAUGAUUCAGACAUAGGCCAGAACUCCGUUCAAAGCUACGUUUUGAAACAAAACGCGCACUUCGUGUUUAAUAUUCAGACAUCCAGCAGUGGCAGCAAAUAUGGAGAGCUGGUUUUGGAUAAAGAGUUAGACCGAGAAGAUCAGAACGAACUGAGACUGCUGCUCACAGCUGUAGAUGGAGGAUCUCCUCCUAAAUCUGGGACUGUAGUUAUUCAUGUCACUGUGCUGGAUGCUAACGAUAAUGCUCCCGUUUUUACCGAGUCUGUUUAUUCAGCCAGGUUACCGGAAAACUCUCCGGUAAAAACCCCAGUUGUUACAGUUAGUGCAACAGAUGCAGAUGACGGUGUUAAUGGAGAGGUCACGUAUGAAUUUAGCCGACUGUCUGAUAAAGCAGGGAAGCUUUUUUCUAUUGAUCAGAAAUCUGGAGUAAUCUUUGUAACAGGUGAUGUAGAUUAUGAAGAAGGUCCUAGAUAUGAAGUUAUGAUUGAAGCUAAAGAUGGAUACGGACUAACCUCAGAAAUUAAACUAAUCAUUGACAUAAUUGAUGUGAAUGACAACGCCCCUGUUAUUAACCUAAAGUCCCUGUCCAACCCGGUACCAGAGAACGCACCACCUGGUACAGAGGUGGGCAUCAUCAACGUGCAGGACAGAGACUCUGAGAAGAACCGACAGGUCCGCUGCUCCAUCCAGCAGAACGUUCCUUUUAAGUUGGUUCCUUCCAUUAAAAACUAUUAUUCUCUGGUGACCACAGGACAGCUGGACCGUGAACUAGUGUCUGAUUACAACAUUACAAUCAGUGCCACUGACGAGGGCUCUCCACCUCUGUCCUCCUCUAAAACUGUUCAGUUAUCUGUAGCUGACAUCAACGACAACCCACCUGUGUUUGAGGAGCAGUCCUACAGCGCUUAUGUGAGUGAAAAUAACAAACCUGGCUCCACUUUAUGUUCCGUUAGUGCUCGAGACCCGGACUGGAGACAAAACGGUACCGUGAUUUAUUCUCUGUUACCUGCUGAGGUGAACGGCGCGUCGGUGUCCUCCUAUCUAUCAGUUAACGGAGACACGGGGGUGAUCCACGCUGUCAGGUCGUUUGAUUAUGAACAGCUGAGGAGUUUUAAAGUCCACGUGAUGGCCAGAGACAACGGUUCUCCUCCUCUCAGCAGCAACGUGACCGUGAGUGUGUUCGUAUCAGAUGUGAAUGACAACUCUCCUCAGAUACUGUACCCCGCCCCGGAGGGCAGCUCCUUCAUGACCGAGCUGAUCCCCAAAGCUGCACACGGAGGCUCUCUGGUGUCCAAAGUGAUAGCGGUGGACGCGGACUCUGGACAGAACGCCUGGCUGUCCUAUCAGAUAGUCAGAUCCACUGAUCCGGGACUUUUCACUAUCGGUGUGCACAGCGGAGAGAUCAGGACGCAGCGGGACAUUUCUGAAUCUGACAGCAUGAAACAGAACCUGAUUGUAGCAGUGAAAGAUAACGGACAGCCCUCUCUGUCUGCCACCUGUGCCAUGUAUUUACUGAUUUCUGAUAACUUGGCUGAGGUGCCAGAGCUGAAAGAUAUUUCUUAUGAUGACAAGAACUCCAAACUGACCUCGUAUCUGAUCAUUGCGCUGGUGUGUGUGUCCACCUUCUUCCUGACCUUCAUCAUCAUCGUCCUGGGUGUGAGGUUCUGUCGCAGGAGAAAGCCCAGACUGUUGUUUGAUGGAGCAGUGGCCAUUCCCGGAGCUUAUCUCCCUCCUAAUUACGCAGAUGUUGAUGGAACAGGAACUUUACGCAGUUCCUACAACUAUGACGCCUACCUGACAACAGGAUCUAGAACCAGUGACUUUAAGUUUGUGUCAUCUUACAAUGACAACACGCUGCCUGCUGACCAGACUCUCAAGAAAAGUCCCUCUGAGUUUGCUGAUGUGUUUGGAAGUUGUGAUUCUUCCCCAGAGGUAGGCAGUUAACUCGAUUCAUAUUCCCAAAUUUAUCUUUGUUGCUUAGCAAACUUUCGUUUAUACUUUCAAAUUUAGUAGUCGUUUUCAUUUUGUCUCGUUUCUAUUGAUUGAAAAUAUUUUUUACACAAAUUUUUAUUUUGGAGAAACAUCAGCUUUAUCCUCCUCUUGAUGACAUAUUUUCUCAAUUUUUGUGUCAUAGGACAGCAUUUACUUUCCAUAAACCCCUAUUUAGAAAAUGUAUUCUAAACAAUAGAAAGGAAAUUACAAAACAAGUAGGAAUGAGAAACAAUCUAACUUUUCUGUGGUCUGUUUAGUUACUGUAAUAUGGGUGCCAUCUGCAGUUUUGGUCUUACGUCUCUGUCCUUGGUGCUGAACCUUUUAGUUGCUGCUAGCAUUUACAGCUCUCUUCUUUAUUUAUUUGUUUGUUUAUUUAUUUAUGUCUUAUUUAAUUGAUGCUAAUAUUGAAUAUAUUCUGUAAAUGGCCUAAUCAAGUUUUAUGAUAUCUCUGGAGAGUUUGAUGCUUGAUACAAUUUAAUUGAUUUUUUGAAUAUUAUCUUGGGAACAGCUUGUAAUGCCAGUUAAUACCACAACUAAAUUAAACAACAUGCAGAGGUGAUUUUUAUUUAAAUAGAAUGUUCAUGGUUAAUCAUUUUAGCAUGGUACUUGAUCAGAAUUUAUUUAUUUUUUAUUGAAACAUAUUUUGUGGAAAGGUUAUUUAAAAAGUAUUUAAGACACUCAAAUGGGGUUUUUAUUUCUUUUAAACAGACUUUAUUACACUGGGUUCGUUAAAGAAAAUUCUAUAAUUGGUUUUGAUUAAGUUGGUAGAUGUUA